AUGGAGCGUGUUUACCUCAUCACCCACCCUCGCUCUGCUUCUAACCUCCUUGUCCAGAUUCUGGGCUUGGAAGAGCAACCAAUGGUCAAGGCUCGCCCACAUGCUGGCUACUAUUUCCUGGACACCCUCAUGACCAUCAGCGAAAAGGGCCUCAGAUCUAAACAUGUUGACGAGUGGACUGAGGAAGAAAAAACUCAGGCUCGUGCUCUGUACCAGAAGGGAUACGAUGAAAUGAUGAAGGAUGUUGCCGAGUCCAAAGCUGCCGGCAGAAUCUCCGUCAUCAAGGAGCACGCCAACGUUCUCAUCGAGCCUACCAACCAGACCAAAUUCAUGUUCAAGACCAACGAUGUCAAGGAGGCACCACUUACCCUCGAUGUCCCAGAGGGAUCGGAGGUUGCUCGCACCCCAGGAAACCACACUAUUUUCUCUGAUGAGUUUCUCCUUACCUGGAAGCCCGUCUUCCUUAUCCGCCACCCAGCUCUCAUGUUCCCAUCCUUCUACCGAUGCAUGGACGACUUCAGAAAGAUGAAGAAGGAAGAUAUCGGCACCGCCGGUUCUCUCGAGACCGGCAAGCCCGAUCUACCCAUUUACAUGAGCUUGCACAACAUCCGCUCCAUGUUUGACUGGUACAGCGAAAAGCUCCAUCAGACUGGAUCAUCUUCCACCACUCAGCCCUGGCCCAUUGUCAUUGAUGCUGAUGAUGUCAUGGCUGAUGAAACCGUUGUUCAAAAGCUGGCUGACAUUAUCGGCUUGGACCGCAACCACCUCAAGUUCACCUGGAACCCUGUCAGCGAAGAGCAGGCCAAGAAGUAUGACCACAUGGCUAAGCGCAUGCUGUCUUCUCUUAACGCCUCAAAUGGUAUUAUGAAGGACAAGCUUGCUGCUAACAUCGACAUCGAAGCUGAAGCCCCCAAGUGGAAGGCUGAGUUUGGUGAGAUCGAUGGAGCUAAGAUGUACAAAUGGGUUACCGACGCCAUGCCUGAUUAUGAAUACCUGAAGUCCCGCCGCCUCACCGCAUAG